AUUCUGCUGGGUAUUUUUUUCGUGCUAAGCAAUUAACGGAUAACGUGCAUACCUAGCACACGCACACAAAACUAUCACCCAGAGGGUUUGAUUGCUUUCAACCCGAGAAGAUGGCCGAUGAACCAGAAGACCACGAGGAUGCGUUCAACAAACUCAAGAACGACGUCUACAAUAUCAAACUCUGCAACGCAGAAAAUGAAGAAGGACGUCGUGAGGUGGAGAGGCAAUGGUUACGGCAGCAAGAAGUAGAUGCCGAGCGUCGCGAGGACGAUAGGCGACGGAUGCAAGAGCACGAACAAGAGGCCGAACGUCGUAUGAGGGAGAGGCAACGGGUGCAGCAGCAACGGCUAGAAGAGGCCGAACGUCGCCAGGUCGGGAGGCAACCGCUGGUGGAGCAACGGCGAGAGGCCGAGCGACAAGUUAACCACCAGCGGAAGCGGAAGCAGCAAUAGAACCGCCAGAAGCGCCAACAUAGCUGCCAGAAGCGGCAGCAAAACAUCCAGAAGCGGCACAACAAAUUCCGGAGGUGAAGCCCAUCAGCGAAGUGCAUCUAGCCCAGGGCUGCAUGCCGAUGAAUACGUCUACCGAUUGGUUCUUGUUAGUCAAAAAUUCAUAGAAGACGUUUGUAUUAAUGUGAAUGCCGCAGCCAUCUCUAGACGUCCUGUGGUGAACGUGUAGAUCUACGUAUCAUGAUGGUGCGACACCAUAAGGGAUCCAGGCUGCGUUCGGAUUCUUAAUUGGCACCAUGGCAAUUUCACGGUUCGCGUCAGACUCGGCUAGAGACCGAGUUUUCCGCAUCCGUAGGAACGUCACCGCCCUUGGUAACUGAAUACGAACACGGCAAGACUUUGUAUGUUUUUAGGGGGAACAGCAAAGUCUAGUAUGGUGACCCAUAGAUUUUGAUGGAAGAAUCUUUGAUUUCUCAAGGCUUUUGGGUAGACAUGUAGCCUCGCACUUUGGUCGCUAACAUGCUUCGACUGAAUGCCUUGAAUGCCAUGGGGCUCGUUCUGACACGUCCGAUGUCACAGUCGU